ACACACACACACACACACACACACACACAAUCCUCUGCUGGAUAGAUACCUGCACUUAUUUGUGACAAAGACAGACAUACACCGAAAUGGCUCACCUACAAAGCGAGCUUACCCAGAAUCCCCUGGAGAAGAUCUGGGUGCCGUGGAUGAACAGUAGACUGAGCCGAAGACGAGGGUCGUCAGUGCCGCAGUUCACAAACUCACCCACUAUGAUCGUGAUGGUCGGUCUGCCUGCCAGAGGAAAAACCUACAUCUCCAAAAAGCUAACACGCUACCUCAACUGGAUCGGCGUUCCCACUAAAGUGUUUAAUGUGGGACAGUACAGAAGAGAAGCCGUUCAGUCCUACAAAAGCUUUGAGUUUUUCCGUCCAGACAACGAAGAAGCCAUGAAGAUUCGCAAAGCUUGUGCACUUGCAGCAUUAAAAGAUGUAGCUACCUACUUCAGUCAGGAGCAAGGCCAAGUGGCGGUGUUUGAUGCCACAAACACAACACGUGAAAGGAGGGAGGUGAUCCUGUCAUUCGCCAAAGAGAACGGAUACAAGGUGUUUUUCGUGGAGUCUGUGUGUGACGAUCCUGAGAUCAUCGCUGAAAAUAUCAAGCAAGUGAAGCUCAGCAGCCCGGACUACAUCGGCUGUGAUAAAGAAGAAGCCGUGAAAGACUUUUUGAAGAGAAUCGAGUGCUAUAAGGUCACAUACGUCCCUCUGGAUGAUGACAAAGACAGACACCUGUCCUAUAUAAAAAUCUUUAAUGUAGGCAGCAGGUAUUUGGUGAAUCAUAUACAGGAUCACAUCCAGAGCCGGAUCGUUUAUUACCUGAUGAAUAUUCAUGUCACGCCGCGCACCAUCUACCUGUGCAGGCACGGAGAGAGCGAGCUCAACCUUCUCGGUCGCAUCGGAGGGGAUUCGGGUCUCUCACCACGUGGAAAUAAGUUUGCUGCGGCUCUGGGGAAGUACAUCAGGAGUCAGUGUAUCCUGGACCUAAAAAUCUGGACGAGUCACAUGAAGAGAACCAUCCAGACUGCUGAGGGAAUCGGGGUGGCGUACGAACAGUGGAAAGCUCUCAAUGAGAUUGAUGCAGGUGUGUGUGAAGAGAUGACGUAUGAAGAGAUUCAGGACAACUUUCCUGAAGAGUUUGCACUAAGAGACCAGGACAAGUAUCGUUACCGUUACCCAAAGGGCGAGUCGUAUGAAGAUUUGGUUCACAGACUGGAGCCUGUGAUCAUGGAGCUGGAGCGUCAGGAGAACGUUCUGGUCAUCUGUCACCAGGCCGUCAUGCGCUGUCUGCUUGCUUAUUUUCUGGACAAAAGUGCAGGCGAGCUGCCGUAUUUAAAAUGUCCUCUCCAUACAGUACUGAAGCUCACACCUGUGGCUUACGGCUGUAAAGUCGAGUCAGUGUUCCUGAAUGUCGAGGCAGUGAACACACACCGAGACAGGCCUGUGAGUGAUGAAGCUGAUCACAGUCACACUCCACCAUAUCGUCACAAUCGUGUACAGCCCAUGGCCAGUCCCACCCCGACUAAAGCCCCGUGCCUACAAGAGCUCGACCUUGCCGAGCUUAGUUUACAGAAUGUCAGCUUGGACCGAGAUGACGAAGACGCUCUCCUGACGGUUCCUGAGCAUAUCUGAAGGCCAAGAAGUAAACUCUGAGUCGUCGUUACAUGUAUUGUGAAACCGGUUUGGAUGAAUUACAGUGAUUCAGGUGUAAUCAGAUAAGAGAUCUGUCACAGAUAAUACAUAGAUCUCUGUCCCUUCAAUCAGAAAAUUAAGCCUAGAAAAACACUUACUGAAUUUUACACAGUCAAUAAUACUCAAUCUCUGUAGUGAUCAAGAAGCCUGAUAUCCUGAACAAACAAAGCCAACAGAGUUUAAAAGAUAAAUAAUAUAUUUUAAAUAAUACAUAAACAAAUAGGAUAUUUAAGAAAAAAUAAUGACACUAAUUAAUAGUUUAUUCAUGAAUUCUAGAAAAGCAACCGUGAAAGAAGAAUAAAUUACAAAAAUAAAUUAAUAAUAAACGCUAAAAACAUAUUAAUGAAAUUAAUAUAUUAAGGGUAAUCACAUAAUAAUUCUGUGUGUAUAAUAUAAAAUGUUGAUUCUUUUAAAGUGAAUAUAAUGCUUGAAUUAAUUUUUAAAAGAAAAUGUAAUAUACAUAUAUUUUUUUUUCGUACAAAAUAAUAUGACAAAACCUUUUAUUGAACAGUUUUUAAGUGUAUCGAGUGUGUUACACUCCCCAAAAUGACCGGCAGAGGGAGCUAAAGCACCGAGAUAAAGAACUGUAAGGGUCUGAAUGGAAUUUAACAAACUUUAAAUAAAUAGAAUAAACUUCAUGGCUGCCUCCUAGGAACAUGCACACACACACACACACACACACACACACACACACACACAAUGUUCAAAUAUAUACUGAACCUGUCCAUUUUCUAUGUUCUAAACACUUCUGUAUGCUGCUACAUAGAUAUAUGGUCAUUUAUUUCCCUCAACUGAUUUGCACCAUUACUAGUUUACACUGCUUUUAUUAUUUCACAUAAAUGGCUAAAAAACAUCUUGAUGAAAUUUAGGUACGGCAAAAAUGUUAUUAUUUAUACAUACAUGCAUUUAAAAUAUACUCAAGGAAAAUCUGUCAACAUUUUAUAGUUUUAACACACUAAGGUACAAAGACUUUGAUAAAAACAUGCUAUAGCUAUAUUUAUGUGUAUGUAUAAGCUAUAAAGGCUACAUAAGGCUUUAUAUCCAUAUAUGGACGUUCUUGUUCAGUUUCAUCUAAAAGUGUUUUAGCCAAGUAUGUUAAUGUUAAUAUGGAAUUUUAUAAAUACAUUUCAAUUUCUUUUUCUUUUUAUUCUUCUUCUAAUUAUUAUUAU